AUGGCGACCGGUUACAUAACGACGAUAUCAAAAAAAUAUCCCUCCUUUAGAGAUGAACCCUUAAAAACGAUUUACCGUUGGUUGGAUGGGAAGCGGCAGGACGAUGGUGCCGAAGGGCUGUGGCGCAUUCACGACACCCUGUACGACUUUACAUACUUUAUCGAGAAGCAUCCCGGUGGCCCUGAAUGGUUACGCCUGACAAAGGGCACGGACAUUACGGAAGCGUUCGAGACGCACCACAUUAGAGUGCGGGCGGAGGGCAUGUUGGCGAAGUACAAAGUGCGCGAGGCCACCGAGCCGAGAGCGGUCCGCUUAACGUUCCGUGACGAUGGGUUUUACCGGACACUGAAGCGGCGUGUGCGCGACAAGCUGAAGGACAUCGACUACGGUCCAGCUAAGCGGUCGAAGCUGAUCAUCGACUCGAUGCUGGCAGCUGCAUUUGGGCUAGCGUUUCUUGCCAUACGCCUGCAUAGCUAUGCACUUGCAACCGUGUCCGGGCUUUUCGUCUGCUGGACGAUGAUAAGCGCACACAACUUCUUCCACCAACGGGACAACUGGCGUAUGAUGGCGUUUAAUUUGGCCUUUUCGAGCUAUCGUGAGUGGCGCGUUUCGCACGCAUUGUCUCAUCACAACUUCCCCAACUCGAUAUUGGAUCUGGAAAUUUCGUACUUUGAGCCCUUCCUUUGCUGGCUACCGAAUCCUGCCAUUAAAAGCUCAGCGAAACGCUUCGCAGCUUGGCUGUAUGGACCGCUGGUGUAUUCGUUCCUCUUUUAUGGUGAAUUUGUGAAACGUGUGAUCGAGACGUACGAGACCGGGAAGAACACAUUCUUCCUAGACGAUCUUGUCACGUUGAUUCUGCCGACGUUUAUGUACGUGGUCGGAGCUACCAGCCUGUGGGAGGUGGUAAAGAUGUGGCUGUUCAUCGUACUGGUUGCUAGCUUCCUGUUCGGUUUGAUUGGACUGAACGCAGCACACCAUCAUCCAAAGGCGGUCCACGAUGGUGACCAAAUACCAGCUGACAUCGAUUUUGCUGUUUAUCAGAUGGCCGCCGUCAUUGAUCGAUCAGACACGAAAGGAUCACAGUUUAUGGUGCUGACAAGCUUCGGUGAUCACUGUCUGCAUCAUCUGUUCCCUACGCUGGACCAUGGCAUUCUUCCGCAGCUGUAUCCCGUAUUUUUCGAAACGUGCCGCGAGUUUGAAACCGUCUAUCGGGAGCUGCCCUGGUUGCAGCAAAUUAUCGGCCAGCACAAACAACUUGCCCGCGUAGAACCGAUGACGUACAAACCGUCGGAGAAGUUUGCUUAAUUCUAAGGGCAGUGACAUCGGAG